AUGGCAUACGCACCUAGAGGUGGACGCGGCGGCGAUCGGGGAGGUCGAGGAGGCUUUGGCGGUGGCCGGGGCGGUGAUCGAGGCGGACGAGGCGGAUUCUCAAGAGGAGGAGGUCGAGGUGGUGGAGAUAGAGGUGGACGUGGAGGAGGCAGAGGCGCACCCCGAGGCCGUGGUGCACCGAGAGGACGUGGAGGUGCUGGCGCAAAGGGUGGUGCGAAGACCAUCAUUGAACCCCACAGACAUGCUGGUAUAUUCGUCGCUCGAGGCAAGGAAGACAUGCUGGUAACCAAGAACCUCUCACCCGGCGAGUCUGUCUAUGGCGAAAAGCGCAUCUCGGUCGAAAAUGCCGGUCCCGCGAACGCAGACGGUACUCCAAGCACAACCAAGGUCGAAUACCGAGUCUGGAAUCCUUUCCGAAGCAAGUUGGCUGCUGGUGUCUUGGGUGGUUUGGACGAGAUCUUCAUUAAGCCGGGAGCCAAAGUUCUGUACCUCGGUGCUGCAUCUGGAACCUCCGUAUCGCAUGUUGCAGAUAUCGUUGGUCCUACGGGAACUGUUUUCGCUGUCGAGUUCUCGCAUCGUUCAGGUCGUGAUCUGAUCAAUAUGGCUACCCACCGCACAAAUGUCAUUCCAAUCAUUGAGGACGCUCGUCACCCCCUCCGUUAUAGAAUGCUGGUUUCCAUGGUCGAUGUCAUCUUCGCAGAUGUCGCCCAGCCUGAUCAAGCUCGUAUCGUUGGAUUGAACGCACAUUUGUUCUUGAAGGUUGGAGGCGGUAUCGUGGUCUCGAUCAAGGCAAACUGUAUCGACAGUACCGCUGCACCAGAAGCAGUUUUCGCACGAGAAGUCACAAAGUUGAGAGAGGAGAGAAUUAAGCCUUUGGAGCAAUUGACACUUGAACCUUUCGAGAGAGAUCACUGCAUCGUCGUCGGUCGUUAUGUUCGUUCUACUACCUAGGAAACAUCCGUAGAAACGGUGCUUCUUACAAAGUUGCACAACAAUGCGUCGUGGAAAUCGUAUGGCUUGGUUUGGUGUGCACACACGGCAGCGUGCUCUUUUCUUCGUUGGGAUAGGUUGUCUUUAUUUGCUACUGGUGUAACUAUUCGGAUCCUGGCGUUCAGGUUCUUGCGAUACGAAGGUUACUUACAAAAAUAAAUUGGGCAUUGUACAGCAAUGGAUACCUAUGAAAAUUGACAGACG